AUGCGACCAGCGUCUGUCCUCGACUAUCGAAAGUUUGAACAAGCGAUGGAAUCGUUCUGGUUGUUUUAUGCCACAGCAAUGCAGCAGGGUCCAGACUCUAUACCGUUCUUUGCCGGAAAGAUUCUCGUCGCCGGGUGGUUCUUCUUCUGUCUGGUCAUCCUUUCGACGUACACGGCCAACCUGACCGCUUUUCUCACCGCGAACAGGUUUACCACAGAUAUCAAUUCGAUCAACGACCUGGCGUCGCAAACUGAGAUAUUAUACGGGACAGUAAGAGAUUCCUCGAUCGUAGAUUUUCUACAGACGUCGACGCAGUCUGUGCAUCAACGAAUGUAUAGAUUUAUAACGACAAAUGAUGACACAUUGGUGGACAAUGGAGAAGAGGCCAUUCGUCGAGUCGAGCAUAAGACAAAGGGAGAUUAUAUUUUUAUCUGGGACGAGCCCUUUCUCGGAUACGUCGCCUCCAAUCAACCAUGCAAAAGUCAAGAAAUGCCUUAUACGAAAAACAUUUCAUUAGCAGUUCUGAAAAUGAGAGAAGACGGAUUUGUUGAACGUGUAUCCAAGAGGUGGCUAAAAUCGGGGGAGUGUGACGGGUAUCGGUCGUUCACGGGAGCCACAGACGUCAGGCAUCUUCGGAUUAUUGACUUGCAAGGCGUUUUCGUCAUUCUGGUCUUUGCGACGGGAUUGUCUGUUGUCGUUUCUGUAGUUGAACACAUACGAUGGAGGAUGAGAAAACCAAUAAAUGAACCAGAAACUCAAUCGAAGAAAGAAACAAUUAAAGAAAUCACAUGGAAGCACAAAAAGCCACCUGAAACACAUCAAUGGAAUCAAAGAGGAAUCAUAAAGAAUUGUGGAGAAUCACAGGAAAUGGGAAUCGCAGAGGAAUCACAAGAAAUGACUGGGAGUCACGGCCAGGAGUCACAGUAG